ACCUGUGCUAGGAGUCUCGCUAGGUUAGGCAGGCUAUAGAGGGAAGGAGACGUUCCCGCGGUUGCUGGGGUCUCACCUGGACUGGCUGGGCUAGGGGGGAAGGAGAGAAGGCGUGGAGGGGGUGGCGUUCCCGGCACUGUGGGGGGAGGGGCGGGGCUCUGACGUAAGAGGGCGGGGGGGCAGUCUUAUCGGGGAGUUACUGGGCCCUCCAGGCCCCGGGUCCUCUGCUCCUUUCCUGGACGUCUGGAGGCAAGGGACCCCAGGGACCCAAUGACCAGCGCUCCCUUUCCAGGUUUGGUAAUGCGGCAGGUCCGGUGAGGGGAGGCCCCCACAAUGGCUCUGACCGACUUCGUGCUGGCGCUGAAAGAUAACCCGUACUUCGGGGCCGGCUUCGGACUGGUGGGCGUAGGCACAGCCCUGGCCCUAGCCCGCAAGGGCGCCCAGCUGGGCCUGGUGGCCUUCCGGCGCUACUACAUGAUCACUCUGGAGGUCCCGGGCAGGGACCGCAGCUAUUCGUGGCUGCUGAGCUGGCUGGCCCAGCGUGGCUCCCGAACCCAGCACCUGAGUGUAGAGACAUCGUACCUGCAGCACGAGAGUGGCCGCGUCACCACCAAAUUCGACUUCGUGCCCAGCCCGGGAAACCAUUUCAUUUGGUAUCAGGGCAGGUGGAUCCGGGUAGAACGGGUCCGGGAGAAACAAAUGAUCGACUUGCAGACGGGAACCCCUUGGGAGUCGGUCACUUUCACCGCCCUUGGCACGGACCGAAGUAUUUUCUCUAGUAUCCUGGAGGAAGCCCGAGAAUUGGCCCUAAAGCAACAAGAGGGGAAGACGGUGAUGUACACAGCCAUGGGCUCAGAGUGGAGGCCAUUUGGUCAUCCUAGACGGCGAAGGCCCCUAAAAUCCGUGGUGCUCGAUGAGGGCCUGGCUGAGCGCAUCAUCCAAGAUAUUCGAGAAUUCAUCAAUAAUCCCAAGUGGUACAGCGACAGAGGCAUUCCUUACCGGCGUGGCUACCUAUUGUACGGCCCCCCUGGCUGUGGAAAGAGCAGUUUUAUCACAGCUCUGGCUGGGGAACUGGAACACAGCAUCUGUCUGCUCAGUCUUACCGACUCAAGUCUCUCUGAUGACCGGUUGAACCACUUGCUGAGUGUAGCCCCACAGCAGAGCCUGGUGCUACUGGAGGAUGUAGAUGCAGCCUUCCUCAGCCGGGACUUAUCAACAGAAAACCCAGCAAAGUACCAAGGUCUGGGACGUCUGACCUUCAGUGGGCUGCUUAAUGCCUUGGAUGGAGUGGCCUCCACUGAGGCACGAAUUGUCUUCAUGACUACCAAUUAUGUUAACAGGCUGGACCCUGCCUUGAUACGUCCAGGUCGUGUGGAUCUGAAGGAAUAUGUUGGCUAUUGUUCACAAUGGCAGCUAUCCCAGAUGUUUCAGAGGUUCUACCCUGGGGAAACGGCAUCUGUAGCAGAAUCUUUUGCUGAGCAAGCCCUCUCAGCCCAGUGCCAGCUCAGUCCUGCUCAGGUCCAAGGCCACUUCAUGCUCUUUAAAAAUGACCCAGUGGGGGCUGUAAAGCAUGCUAAGGCUCUUGGUGUGACCAGUCUCCAGAGUAUUCAAACCAAUAAAUACCAUUCACAGUACCAGAGCCUUCCUCUGAUUCAUUUUCCUACUAGUAUUUAA